UUAGAUUGAUCAGAUGUCGGGACGCGGAAAACAAGGUGGUAAGGCUCGUGCCAAGGCUAAGACCCGUUCUUCUCGUGCUGGGCUUCAAUUCCCCGUGGGCCGAGUGCACCGCCUGCUGCGAAAGGGCAACUACGCAGAGCGGGUCGGGGCCGGCGCGCCCGUGUACCUGGCGGCGGUGCUGGAGUACCUGACGGCCGAGAUCCUGGAGCUGGCGGGCAACGCGGCCCGCGACAACAAGAAGACGCGCAUCAUUCCGCGUCACCUGCAGCUGGCCAUCCGCAACGACGAGGAGCUCAACAAGCUGCUGGGCAAAGUCACUAUCGCUCAGGGCGGCGUCCUGCCCAACAUUCAGGCCGUGCUGCUGCCUAAGAAGACAGAGAGCCACCACAAGGCCAAGGGCAAGUAAACUGCAGUAUUCAAAUUCUUGAUCUUUGAGGAAUCAGUCUAAACCAAAGGCUCUUUUCAGAGCCACUGACGUGUUCGUUAAAAGGGCUUAUAUUUUUCUUAUUUAAGCAGGUUGUUGAAAAUGAUUUUCAACACAUUUUGUCAACUUAGAAGAUGUAUUUACACUCUUAGGAAAUGCAAACUAAUCAUACAGUUUAAAAUAAUCAAAAAAGUACUCUUUAGCUAAGUAAAAAUGAUAUAGACUUUGUGUCACAAGUAAUUAAGUCGAUCAAUGCAGCAAGCCCUCAGUUGUUAACCCUCAGGAAAAGAUAAUGGUAGCAUAAUACUUGGUAAAUUUUGAAAGUUUAGGUGCAAAUCUAGUUAGUGAUCUACAAGAUCAUUUAAACCACUCCUUUAGUACUAUCUCAUGUUGAAAAGAAUUGUUUUGCAUCCUAAUGGGACAAGUUGAUCUGUAAUUCAUACUUAUGUUUUUAAUAGCCAAUCUCAACUCUACUGAGCUGGGCCCUAAUCAAUUGUAAAUAGGAAUACAAUACUGCAUAGCCUGGAGCUAGAAUUUGUUUAGGCAGAGCUUAACAAAGGUUUCAGCAUGACUUUAAGGGACGUACAGUAACACUUGUGUACCAUUUACAAGUUUGAGUUUUUCUUAACACCAUUUUACACGAAGGUCAGUUGAAAUUGUGAAACGUAGUGGGGUGCUUUUAUGUGAGAAUGUUAUAGUGAAAAGUAAACAUUUGUUAAUAUAGUUAUAAUAGCAAACAUGAAAUUAAUUCAGAGUUAAUGGUUUUAGUGCAUUCCGAAAAAUCUCGAAGAAUUGAGGCCUGCCCAGGUCCCAACCUGUCUGUGGUUUGGGGUUGCUAUCUACCUCAUAAAGCAGAGGGUUUGUCUUCUGGGAAGACAAAAUCGUCCUCUCCUCUGAUAAAACCUCUCACACAGUUGGCUUUGGCAUCUUCCAUGAAGAGGACUUCAGAGAUUGAGGACUCAUGCGGCUAGGCUUUCAUUUGAGGUAGAGAGAGAAGACCGUGGUUAUAACCAGACUGUCCAGAGUUGGGUGUAGUUACCUCCAGAACUUUUCACUGUUAACCCAGCCUGGGAUUCAUGGUAGUCAUACAAGUAGAUUCCUUAAUAGUAAAUAAUAAUAUUAAUAGUUUCCAAAAAGUUUUAUUUCUUUCUCCUUUCCUCUCCCCCUCUCUCUCUUUUUUAAUAUGGCCCUAAAGAACCCUCAGACAUAUGAUCAGAUCACAAGCUAUAUAGGUGUAAAUUCUUUAGUCUUUGUAAAAUCUGAAACUUACAUAUAUCUUUAAAACACAAUGCAUCUUAAUAGUAGGGAUUCCUUUCUCCUCCUGUGGCCACAGCUCUUACCCCAAGCCAGAAAACUGACACUGGAGCAUGAUAGCUUGGAAUGCAGUGCAAGGGCUCAUCAUAAGACUUACAGGCAAGCCACGUUAAGUCGUAUGGGGAAGGUAGAGGAGGGUGUAUUCAGGGGGCCUGGAUUGGGGAUAACAAUAAGUGUUCAGGAUUCUUUCCGAGUUCUGCUUUCAUAUGAUCUCUGGACCCCUAAACUGAUGGUUCUCAAUUCUAUCAGAUCCAACACUCUUUUUCUAUAACAAAUACUGUAACUACCCCCUUUACUAUCCUGAAAUGAAAUUCAUAGAUAAUAUAAUCUACCAAAA